AUGAGCUCCGAUUUGGCACACAUAUAUGACCCCUUGGGUCUUAUUGGUCCAAUCUUGGUCACCGGUAAAAUCUUGUUGCAAGGAGCAUGGCAGCUAAAACUCGAUUGGGAUGAUGACCUUCCGUCAGAAAUACGUAAACAAUGGACAUCGUAUAGAGAAGAUCUGGCUUUGUUGGACAAUGCAACAGUUGUGAGGCACGUAUUUAGCAGUCAAGGCUACAGCCAUGUUGAGCUGCAUGCUUUUUGUGACGCCUCAGAAAAGGCUUAUGGUGCAGCAGUAUACAAUAGAACAGUACAAAAGGAUAAAACGAUAAAACUUAAUCUACUAUGCUCCAGAUCUCGUGUAGCACCCAUAAAAUCUCAAACAAUUCCACGACUAGAAUUGUGUGCAGCGUUGCUAGCAGCAGAACUCAUGGCAAGAGUUAAACUUGAUUUAGGCUAUCAAGACAAAGCAACUUACUUUUGGACAGAUUCACAAAUUGUGCUUUCCUGGAUAAACAAUCAUCCAGGCAAAUUACCCGUUUACGUCGCCCACCGCAUUGUAAAAAUCCUUCGGUUAACAAUUCCAGAACAAUGGCGUCACGUCCCGUCAAAACAAAAUCCGGCAGAUAUCCUGUCAAGAGGGCUUAAACCGCGGGAAUUUUCAUCAUGCUACAUGUGGUUAUAUGGUCCACUAUUUUUAUAUAAGCUAAAGCCGCUGUGGCCAGCUCCCUUCAAAAGGGAAUUAAUUGUUGAAGAUAACACGGUGGUGCUCGCUUUAUCAACACAACAACCUACCAAUGAGCAUGCAUGGGUCUACUCGAUUCAUUCAAGAAAUUUAUUCACACAUGUCCAAAAAGUUGUUGGAUAUGUACUUCGUUUCACAAAAAACGCACGGAAACCAAAAAAAUCAAGACCACAGACCAUGCAGCUUUCACCGAUGUAG